AUGGCCUCCUCUCUAACGUAUCUGGCCCAGUCAAUGGGCAGGGCAAGCCGUAUUUAUGCGCGAGCCUCAUUCAGAUGCCAACUCCUAUCCUCGCCGCAUCCCGUAUCACAGGCUGCAACUCAAUUUCGCACAAUCUGCAGCCGACAGUAUCAGCAGCAGCAGCAGCAAUUGCUCAAUGGCUGUGGUCUCCUAUCAACCCGUGCCUUCUCGACGACAUCUACAAGGCCCGCUAAGACAAUCCAGCAAAUGAAGUCGAGACAUCGAACUGGCCCUUUCUCCUGGAAAGCGGGUCUGUUGUUCAUCAUCACGGGCGCGGGAAUGAUCAUCUACUUUCGGGUUGAGAAGGCUCGGUUGGAGAGAAAACGAAUUACUGAAAUGAGUAAAGGUGUUGGAAAGCCUAAGGUUGGAGGUCCGUUUGUGUUGAAGGAUUUGGAUGGCAAUGAGUUCACGGCGGAGGACCUGAAGGGAAAGUAUAGUUUUGUGUACUUCGGUUUCACACAUUGUCCAGACAUCUGCCCCGACGAACUUGACAAAAUGGCCGCCAUAAUCGACAAGGUCAAAGAAGCCUCCAAUGGCACCGAAGUUAUGCGUCCAGUCUUCAUAACCUGCGAUCCGGCACGUGAUACACCUGAAGUGUUGCGCAAAUAUCUCGCGGAAUUCCAUCCGGACAUUAUCGGUCUUACGGGCACCUACCAACAGGUGAAGCAAGUCUGCAAGGCGUAUCGCGUAUACUUCAGUACGCCGGAGAACGUGAAACCUGGCGAAGAUUACCUGGUCGAUCAUAGUAUUUACUUCUAUCUUAUGGACCCCGAAGGCGAUUUUGUGGAGUGCGUUGGUAGGCAGGAUACCCCGGAGAGUGCGACUCGUUUGAUCAUGGAGCAUAUUGAGGACUGGAAGAGGGAAGGAAAGCAGCUGGACACAUCGCCGCGGUGA